AGAGAAAAAACAAAACCAAGCAUCGGUUUGCCGGGUCCAAGUACUUUGAGCGUAAGGAUUUGGUCAAAUUUAGACAGCCACACCACACACCAUUGGAUUAGCUUACACACGUGUGGGGCCCAGUUCCGCCCAGAUCAAACAAACUACUCCCCCACCAAAAACAGUAUACAUUAAUCGUCAAAUGGGUCUUUGAUAAAUCAUCAAUCUCCACAGAUCGGGGCUCAUCCAAUUAGGGUUUUCGCCCAUUCGAUUCCCAAGGUUGGAGUGAUUUAGUUUCUGUAGAACGAAAAUGGGUGGUGGGUUUAGGGUGCUUCACCUUGUUCGACCGUUCCUCUCAUUUCUGCCUGAAGUUCAGACUGCAGACAGGAAGGUUCCAUUCAGAGAGAAAGUAAUAUAUACCGUGAUCGCUCUUUUUAUUUUUCUGGUAUGCAGUCAGCUUCCUUUGUACGGCAUACACUCUACAACAGGCGCAGAUCCAUUCUAUUGGAUGCGUGUUAUUCUUGCCUCGAGUCGUGGGACUGUCAUGGAACUUGGGAUCACACCAAUUGUGACAUCUGGACUAGUGAUGCAACUCUUGGCUGGAUCGAAAAUCAUUGAAGUGGACAAUAAUGUGCGCGAGGAUCGUGCCCUCUUGAAUGGUGCACAGAAAUUAUUGGGUAUUCUGAUAGCUGUAGGGGAGGCAGUUGCAUACGUUCUCUCUGGGAUGUAUGGAAGUGUUGGCCAACUUGGAGUUGGAAAUGCCAUUCUUAUUAUCCUUCAACUCAUCUUUGCUGGUAUCAUUGUGAUAUGUUUAGAUGAACUUCUUCAAAAAGGAUAUGGUCUCGGAUCUGGAAUAUCCCUUUUCAUAGCAACCAACAUGUGUGAGAACAUUAUCUGGAAGGCAUUUAGUCCCACCACAAUCAAUAGUGGGCGUGGAGCUGAAUUUGAAGGUGCUGUUAUUGCUUUGUUCCAUCUACUGAUAACUCGGACGGACAAGGUUCGAGCACUCCGUGAGGCAUUCUACCGGCAGAACCUUCCAAAUGUAACAAACUUGCUUGCUACGGUCUUGAUUUUCCUUAUUGUUGUCUACUUCCAAGGGUUUCGCGUGGUGUUGCCUGUGAGGUCAAAGAAUGCUCGUGGACAACAGGGUUCAUAUCCCAUCAAGCUGUUCUACACCUCCAAUAUGCCCAUCAUUCUGCAGUCGGCACUUGUCUCCAAUCUUUACUUCAUUUCCCAGUUGCUUUACAGGAGAUACAGUGGAAAUUUCCUUGUGAACUUGUUGGGCAAAUGGAAGGAAUCUGAAUAUUCUGGGCAAUCCGUCCCUGUUGGUGGUCUUGCAUACUAUAUAACUGCACCAUCAAGCUUGGCAGACAUGGCAGCCAAUCCUUUCCAUGCACUAUUUUAUAUCGUAUUUAUGUUGUCAGCAUGUGCUCUGUUCUCGAAGACUUGGAUUGAAGUAUCUGGAUCCUCUGCUAGGGAUGUGGCUAAGCAGCUCAAGGAACAACAAAUGAUGAUGCCUGGCCAUAGGGAAACAAAUUUACAGAAGGAACUGAACCGCUACAUACCCACUGCAGCGGCUUUUGGGGGCAUGUGUAUUGGCGCACUGACUGUUUUGGCAGACUUCAUGGGAGCAAUUGGAUCGGGGACUGGGAUUCUGCUUGCUGUCACGAUUAUAUAUCAGUACUUUGAGACGUUCGAGAAGGAGAAAGCCAGUGAGCUCGGUUUCUUUGGUUUCUAAAACUUAUUUGGGCUUUUUUGUGCAAUGUAUUAUUGGUGGCGCCGAUGAGCUACCCAGCAGUUUUGGUGAGCUAAGAGACGGAAGUAGAUUCUCGUGUUAAGACUACAGGAUUCAAUUUGACACUGUUGGGUAGUUUGUGAUUAAGUUUGACACUGUUAGAGAGAAUGACCCUAUGUAGCCCACCCCAAGUAAUGGGGACAAGGACCAUGUUUUUAUUUUUCAUUUUUUUAACGACUUCUGUGUAAUGUCACUUUGCAUGAUUCAAUGAAUUUUUCUUGAAGCUUUUUAUUGUCA